CCUUCAUCUCCAUCAUCUCACGACCGCCGCCAUCUCCGACACCUUCCCCAUCUCCGUCAUUACCGUGAGCUUCGUCAGCACCAUCACCCGUCCACACUUAGAAAGCUCUCAUCGCUUUAACGGUACUCCUUCUCUCCCCAUCAUCCUCUCGUCCGGCUUCGCUUGCUGGCCCCAUGAUGCCUAAUAUCGUCUGACAGCCUUCUUCCUCCUCCCAGCAGCAUGUCCACCCCUCCGUCUCCCCAUCAACCUGCAACGCGGAAAUUAUCAAACGCCUCCUCCGGUGACCUCACCGUUCGCCCGCGCCGGCCAAGUUCCUCAAGUGCGUUAUCCGUGCCCGUCCCGGACGAGGAUGACAACGAAGUGCCAGACGGCUUUCUCGACCCUUCCAACCAGUCGUGGACUGCCGACCCAUGGGGGUACUCUUUGCGAGAGCCGCCGCCUCCACUGUGGCGCCAGGCCAGCGACGAGGUAUACAACGAGAACGAGGACCCGGAGCAAGGUCCCAGCGACUACUGGUGUCGUUCCUCGCCACCCCUGUCACCAGAACUGCCAACUGCCUCGUCUGAUCCCUGGCUGCGAAAUAUGUCCGAUGUGGCCACACCCGAGAGCGAGGACGAACACCAGGACACUGCUGAGUACUCCAAGCGUCUGGAACAGGUCCUGUCAUUCGCCGAUCAGUCACCCACCCCGUCACCGAUGAGACGGCGGGAUAGGAAUCGGGCCAUGUACAUUGGCGACGGGGAUGAUUCGGGCGACGACGAUUCGAGACAGCUUCACAACGGCAAAGGCUACGACGAGGUUGUUCGGGACGUACUGCAUGAUGGCGGGGAAGCGGCAAUCUCGCCGUCCGUUGAGCAGGAUGAAGACGAAUUUGGAGCUCUGCCAGUGCGCUCGAAAGAGGAAUCUAUCUUGCGCACCCCAUCAACCACAUCACUGUCAGCCUCAGUUCAGGAGAGGAUACAGUCGCCCAUGCGCUCCAGCCCCUCGGGUCCUUCGCGAUCUUACAUCCACCCUUCGGUCUCAAGGCUGCGAUCGCAACCUCAUGUCCGCAGCACCUCUACAUCUACCCACUUAACGGCGUCGAGUCUUGCAAACCACACGCGUCUCCCGAGCCACUUCUCGCAGGUUUCCCUCUCGCGCUCGGAUUCCAUCUCAACUACCUCAAUCGCUGGCCCAGCCCGCUCUUCGGUUGCGGCGCCAGAAUCUCAGUCCGUCGCCGAGGAGAUGAAGGGCCCGGCAUUUACUUUUCAUCCCCUCCGCCACCUCUCCGCGCAUCUGUUUAACCGCGGCAGGGACCGCGGCUCAGAAAGCGGCGCAUCGUCGCCCACCCCACGGCCGUCCCCGGCCAAGCGGACGGGGUCGGUGCUUGGCCUCUCCCUGGGACGACGAGGCGGCGAGGCUCCCACCUCUCUGCCGAUCGAGAGGACCUUGGGUAUUCCCACAGUCAUGGACACAAACGGAAUGAUCGCCGUCGGUACCCAGGGCGGCCAUGUGGUCGUGUAUGGUUUCAAUCAGGAGGUUCGCUGUGUGCUCGGAAACGAGACAUCAGUACUGUCUGGACCGGUGACCGCUGUGACCAUCUGCCCGGAUCAGACGUGGAUCGGCGUUGGCCACGCCAGCGGCAACGUGUUCCUCUGGGAUUUGUCGCAUCCUUCCAAGCCGGGGCGCACAUGUCUCGCUGUUACGUUACAGCAAGUGCUCUCCGGCCGUAAAGAAGGUCACUUGCAGGGCACUCGGAUCAUCCACAUUGGCUUCGUCGGGAAGCGCCACACUUCCAUUGUCACUGCCGACGAGGAAGGACGUGCUUUCUGGUUCAGCCUGGGAAGGGUCAUGGGAGUCGACAGUAACGACGUUGUUCGCAUGCUGGGGUCCUAUCCGGAGCCGGAGCGCGAACGGCAGGAGCCACCGCGAGACUCUGUGCGUACAGAUGGCGAGACGUCGGCGCCCAGCUCAAUCCGUUUCCAGCAGCCCAAGAAACCCACCACGCUGUUUGCGGCGUUGCCACUGCCCAUUGGCACCGCACCGCAUGCGACAGAUGAGUUCCACAUCACCGCGCUCCUCACACCUGUCAAGCUCGUAAUCGUGGGCAUGAAGCCUUCAGCCAAGACGUGGUUCCGCAAGAUGCGCGACACGGCUGGUGGUGAAUACGGAGGUUUCGUGGGCUGCGCAGUUUGGCUCAAGCCGGGAGAGGUCAGGGCAGCCACGCCAACAACGCCUCCUUCCGAUCCUGUCCUGGCCUACUCGUGGGGCACGUCACUCCGCUUCCUCCGCGUUCGCGUGUCGGUUACUGAAGCUCUCGAACGGCCGCAGAGCGCUGGCAAGAGUGACAAGAAGCCCGUCCCACUAAAGACACCGGAGUUCAUUGAGGGGCGUCGCUGGGAAGCGCCAAAUCCUAUCCAGUCACUGCAUUGGUUCGAUUCGGAUCAUCUUCUGGUCAUCACCACCCAGGAGCUACUCUUGGUUAACGUUCGCACAAUGCGGCCGGUCGAGAACACACCCCUCCAGACAAAGCUCUUGACGUCCCAAGACUUCUACUCAGGGCUGAGCAUCCGUAAGGCGGGCAUUGACGUCGUGCCAAACACCAUCGCGAGCAGCGCCAGGACAUUCCGCGAGAAGCUCUUCCUUCUCACCAAAGCCAACGUUCAGGUCGGUACUCUGCAACACUGGAACGACCGCGUACUGGCGAGUGUUCACAAGGGAGACUUCCUGGGUGCUAUCAACUUGGCGCUGGCGUACUACGAGGGCAGAGCGACAGGCAACACAAUCGGUUUGCCGGAAGAUCCUGCAUCAAGGCGUGACGUCGUCGGUACUCGUGUCCGCGAACUGAUGAAGGCCUCACUAGAGUGGGCGUUCUCCGAAGAGCGCAUGCACGACGACACUCAUUUCAGUGCUGACGGGCGAGGGGUCGACCUCACGUCGCUCUUUGAGGGUCUCGCAACGGCAUGCAUCGACGCGUGUUUAGCCAUGCAUGAUGCCGAUUUUCUCUUCGACGAGGCGUACGAGCACUUUGCCAACGCGGGCAUCCAGAGCAUCUUCCUCACUCGCCUCGAGGGGUACAUCUUCGAGGAUCGCGUGUCUGAGGUACCGCCCCAUGUGGUCCAAGUCAUGAUUGCCAUGCACGAUCAGCAGGGCGAGUACGGCCUGGCCGAGGCUAUUAUCUGGCACAUUGCGCCUAACUCUCUUGACAUCAAUCAGGCCGUCACACUCUGCGAGAAGCACGAAUUGUGGGACGCCCUGAUUUACGUAUAUACCCGCGCAAUGGGGGACUACGCAGCGCCAAUUGUCAAGCUCAUCGGCAUUGUGUGUGUCAUCCAGCGCGCUCGUCGAGACAGGCCGAGCCUCGUUGGCGACAGUGGUGAACGAUCUGACGUGGAGGAGAGGCUCGCACCAGACGCGUACAAGCUCUAUGCGUAUGUCGCCAACGUCCUCUCUGGGCUGUGGUACCCGUCUGGCGAGCAAAUGCGGGAGAUCGACGCUACGCGCGCCCGGACAGCUGCAUAUGGCCUGCUCUUCUCUGACCGCACAGUAGAGUGGCCUGAGGGCUCGAAUGAGCUCGUUCGCACGGACCAGAGCGACUCUGGCGGCUUUGAGCCCGCAUACCCAUACUUGCGGUUGCUCCUUCAAUUCGAUACGGAGGCGUUCCUCCAUGCCAUGGACAUGGCGUUCGAGGACUCGUACCUUAAUGACCCAUCUCGCGCGAUCAAUCGCCAGACCAUCAUCAACCUCAUGCUCGACGUGAUGGAUGAUGGAUUCCACUCAAGCGACGUGACUUUCCUGCACAUCUUCGUCGCUCGCAACCUACCAAAGUACCCGCAGUUCAUUUUCAUCCCUCCAUCAACAUCGCACCGUAUUCUUGUCAGCCUCGCUUCCGACCCCGACCAGUCUACGCGCGAGGAUCGACAACUUGCCGCCGAGUACCUUCUCUCGGCGUACACGCCUCACGACGCCGAUCAGAUGUUGAGCCGCUUUGAGCAGGCGGGCUUCUUCCGCAUCCUACGCGCCGCCUACCGGCGUGACCGGAAGUGGGGUGCCUUGAUCGAUACGCUUCUCAGGGACCCAGAUGCCGAUGAUGGCGUCUUUGCCAGUCUUGAUGAGAUCAUCACGUCGUCCAAGAUGUCGCUCGGUGUUGUCCCCGACGAGGUGGAGACGGCAAUGUCAAAUGCUUUGCCCCAUCUCUUCGACCUGAGCGUGCGGCAGACAGCGCUCCUCCUCGACAGGUCCCUUCCCACGCUGCACGAUUUGGCAAUUCAAACGCUCGACGAGGCUGAGCACAAGCAGGCAGCAUAUUUGCGUUGUCUGCUUGAUCCAAGAGCAGAUGAAAACGAAAGUGAUGGCGGAGAGGCUGAAGCAGUGCUCAGUGAGCCGUCGAAGCACCUCCAUAGCGGUGCGCGGCUCAGGUAUGCUUCACUCUUGGCACAACACGACCCCAGCGCGGUCAUCCCCUUCCUCGACGAGCAGGGCAAGGCAGCUUUCGAUCUCCCUCUCCUGGCGGAGCGAUUUGAGGCCGCCGGUGUACCGGAUGGUCAGCUGUGGGCUCUUGAUCGCAAUGGGCAGCGGAAAGAAGUGUUUGAGACGAUCGGCACGGUGCUGGCGUCACGCGGCGCCGAUCUAGCCGAGGGCAUUCACACGCACUCGGAAGGUGACAUACACCAGGCGCUGGCAACGCUUCAGAGCGUUUCGCAUAUGGCCAUCCGCCUAUGUCGAGAACACUCGUGCGAGAGCGCAGCCGAGGAUAUGUGGUUCGGCGUCCUACAUUCAACCACGGACCUCGUGCACUCGGUCUCGGCGCUGACCUCCGAAGAAGGAGAUUUGGCUGCAUCGGUGCUUGAGACGCUCCGCGGGCUGGUGCAGGACACGCUGCAGGCUCUGCUCUCUACCUCGUCGUCACACCUCUCCUUCGCGCGCCUUUUCAAGCGCCUUGUUGAAGCGGCGCCGACCGGGAAAGGCAAGAGGAAAAAGACGAAGGGCGGGGCGCGCGCCUACUCCGAGUUCCGCGCAAUACUCAGCGGCAUGCUUGACUCAUUCCGACAGGACACGGAUGUGCUGUCCCUCAGCAUCAGAUUGGUGGACGCGGACAUGUUCGAGCUGCUUGAGGAGAAGGUCGCCAAAAGCCAAGCGGGAUGGCGCACCACCUCAAUUACAUGUGCAGAGUGUCACAAACCCCUCUGGCGGGCGGGUGACAAAGUAGACGUGCGCGCCAACGGCACAGCGGUGCACGAGGUGUGCUAGCACAGUAUCAAUAUAUGUACAUUAUUAGAGCCAGUAUUUGCUACCUCGGCGCUAUCGCCUCCUCGUGGGACUAUCAGGCGCCGCGGCGUCCUCUAGCCGACCUCCAUGAUACGUAACCAUCUCGUCCUGCUGAUGCAAAACGAACUGACCGCCGUC